GUGACAGUGCCAUUCAUUUCCGAGUGUACCUUCCUUCGUGACAUCACCGGGCGGGCAACUGUAUGGAAGUUUCGUUUCCAGCUCAGCGAAACGUUUUUGGAUUUAGGUGGAAGUAUUCACUGAAGCAACUGUAACUUGGUAACGAGUGACUUCUGUGCUUACUGUAGGACCACUGGAUCAUGGCUGCCGUAGAGAAAGUUCCGGAUAAUGAGGGAAACUGUGUGCUCUGCUGUCAGGACCUGGAAUUGCUUGCCCUGGGCAAAUGUGAUCACCCGGUUUGUUACCGUUGUUCAACGAAAAUGCGGGUCCUGUGUGACCAGCGCUACUGUGCGGUGUGCCGUGAGGAACUGGAUAAGGUGAUUUUCACAAGGCGGUUUUCCCCAUUUUCAACAAUUGAAACACGCCAAUUUCACUGUGACAAACGGUAUAAUAUUUUCUUUGUUGAUGCCAAAGCCCAGUCAGACUUCAGGCGACUUUUAAAACAUGAAUGUUUUGAAUGUCCAGAGACGAGGUCAUUUUAUACAGUUGAAGAGUUGGAACAUCACAUGCGGAAGCAGCAUGAACUUUUUUGUUGCAAACUGUGUGUUAAGCAUCUUAAGAUCUUUACUUAUGAACGCAAGUGGUAUAAUCGAAAGGACCUUGCCCGCCAUCGAAUACAUGGAGACCCAGACAAUACUUCACACAGAGGGCACCCAUUAUGCAAAUUCUGUGAUGAGCGUUACUUGGACAAUGAUGAACUUCUGAAGCACUUAAGAAAGGAUCAUUAUUUCUGCCAUUUCUGUGAUUCUGAAGGCACACAAGAUUAUUACAGUGAUUAUGAAUAUCUAAAAGAACACUUUCGUGACCAGCAUUUUCUGUGUGAAGAAGGGUCUUGUUUCUCAGAGCAAUUUACUCAUGCCUUCAGAACAGAAAUAGAUUUCAGAGCACACAAGGCAGCUUACCACAUUAAGAACAGAGCAGAGGCCCGGCAGAACCGGCAGAUUGACCUUCAGUUUAACUACACCCCUAGAAAUCAGAGAAGGAAUGAAGGUGUGAUUAGUGGAGAGGACUAUGAAGAAAUUGAUCGUUUUAGCAGGCAUGGAAGACCAGGAAGAGGAGGUACACGAGGUGGCCAGAGCAGAAGGGGAAGUUGGCGCUACAAUAGGGAAGAAGAAGAUCGAGAUGUUGCAGCGGCAGUGAGGGCAUCACUUGCUGCCAGGAGACAGAAAGAAGGUAAUAGGGCUGAAGAUAAAGACACUGGCAACACACGGAGACAAAGAGAAGGGAAUCUGUCUGAAGAUAAGGAAAACUGUAGCUCCAGAAGACAAAGAGAAGGACAUCAGUCAGAUGAGAAAGAAUGUAGCAACCCAAGGAAACAAAGAGAAGUGAUUCGAUCUGAGGAAAAAGACUCUGGCAAUACAAGGAGACAAAGAGAUGGGAAUCGAGGUGAACUGAGGGACAAGGAUAACGCAGAUGAGGAAGUAGUAGUUGACUAUACAAUAAAGCAUGCAGCUAUAAAAAAUGAGGAACUAAGGGACACUGAAGAACUACAUAACCUUAAGGAUGCACUGAAGCCAUCCGGUGAGACAGGUUCCAGAGAGACAAAAAACACUGUUAGUAGCUGUAUAAAUAAAGAUGAUUUCCCAGUUCUUGGCAGUGGAACAGCAGUGAUAAAUUGCAGUUCUUUUAAGACAGUACCUGUGGAGCUGAAGGAAGAAGAUUUUCCAUGCCUGUCCUCAACAGGUUCAGUCCCGCCCAGUGCAGGGAUAACUGCACCAUAUGUGGCCAGUACAAAGAAGACCUCAUCAUUUCAAGAGGAGGACUUUCCAGCACUUGUGCCUAAAAUUAAACCACAUAAUCCUGUGUCUUCAUGUGCUUCUGCAUGGAGUAGCAGUUCAAAUAAAAAGAUGGUCAAUCCUCUUACACGUUCUAAUAGCAGUUGCAGUCAGACAGUUAAAAAAUGUGCCCCGGUGAACAGUAAUAAAGGAGGUGUUAAGAACAAAAAGUCAUCCCUUUCUGAUGAUGAAGAUAGUGGAAGUGGUUUGACUGCUCAGGAGAUCAGAAGUGCCCCAACUAUGUUUGAUAUUUCAUCUCUCCUUACCCCAUCCAUGACACAGACUGUUGGGAAAGUUGGCAAGAAAAAGAAAGUAGGUGCUGAGAAACAAACUGCACCAGUUCAGCAUUCUGAGAACCAUUCAAAUGCUAAUAUCAUCCAGAAGCAGAAUACUUCUGAUGCAGCGCAAACGCCUGGAAGCAUCUCAUUACAUGUUUCACCUCCAGUUACGAACACCUUAAUCAAUGGAUACUCAGAAAAAUUGGACAAGACCAAUAACUGUUUCAGAAUGCCACCGGGGUUUAAAAACACAGAAAUAGCAACACCAUCUCCCCUACCAGAAGAAGAAUUCCCAGCACUUGGAAGUCCUGCUUUACCAAGAAAGCCUCCUCCAGGUUUUACCAGUGCUGUGCCAUUGACAACUCUGAACCCAAGUAUCACCCCUGCACCACCUCCAGGAUUGUCAGUACCACUUAGCAAACCUCCUCCUGGUUUCACUGAUGCCCUGUCAACUAGAGACCUUCCUUCAGAACCAGUGAUCCUUCCUAAAGGUCAGAUUUCUGCCACAGAAUACUACAGAAGCUGCAGAGAUCUCCUUGGAGAAAGCUUUCGGAAACUGUUCAAUGAGCUUUUAGUACUGUUGCCAGAUGUUGCAAAGCAGCAAGAACUACUUUCUGCUCACAACGAUUUCCGAAUCACAGAAAAACAAAAAUCUAACAAGUCAAAAAAGAAAAAGAAGAAUGUUUGGCAAACUGAUUCAGAUUCUGAACUAGGCUGUCAGAUUUGUGUCAUCUGCAAGCAAGUGCUGACAACAAAUGAUUUUAUUAGCCAUGAAGCAUUGCACAAUGAAGAUGAUGAAUUCCCUUCAUUGCAGUCAAUAAGUCGAAUAAUCAGUUAGUGUACUCCAUAUUCACUAGGAAGCUGUGAAUUGUAUACACUUUCCUAGCUCGUUAACAGAAUAAGGUAGUCUGCUGAGCAGCAUUUAGCAAAGCAUUUGCGCAAGAACAAUAUGCCUCUCUGGGAAAUGAAAUUAAUUUUAAUAAUGACAGUUUACUUUGACUGAAGCCCAAGAAAGUAAAUAUGAUAACUUUAUACUUCAGAAUACUGGUCAUAUGAAAAAUGACUUGAGACACUGAAAAAAAAACUACAUUUUCUUUAAUAAAUGUAACAUAUUUGAUAAAACCCUUAGCUGUGCCUCUAAUUAUGCAAAGGUGCUGCUACUCCUUCAGGUCAUUUGGUUGUAUACACCACUGAAUUGAAAUAUCGAUUGAAGGAUUCCCCUGUUUGUUGUAGAAAUGUCCCUCAUUUAUAAGAGGGUAUUUAUACAUAUUUUGCAUUAACACAUGUAGAAAGUGUUCACGAAAAAUGUACUGUUGUAUAAAACAUUGCUGAAUGUGUAAUACUAUAUUUAAGUUCAGCUGUGCUGCUUUUGUUACGGCGCAAGAUAUUGACUGAUAAACUAUACUGUAUUAAUUUUUGACUUAAGGUUGCAUCAUUGGACAUGUAACAUAGUAGUUGGUGCAGCUGGAGAGAGAGCAUGAGCUUGGGUAAUGUUUUCAGAUCUCCAGUUUUAUAUCUCAAUGUUUAUACCGUACACAGAAUCAAGUUGUUUGUUUUUGUUCCCCUUUUCGACUAUGGAAUUUAAGAUUUCAUAGUCUGUUUACACUGCAGCUUUAGUCUACAUUAGUUGAGCGUUCUUGCAGUGAUAUUCUUGUUUUGUUGUAGAAUAAGAUGCAACAACGAUGAUUUAUAUUUAAAGGUCACUGACUGUAUUGUACAUUUAUUUCCCAGUUUGUGUCACUUGUACUACAUAUACCUCACUGCCUCAAAUUAUAAGUUAUCCUUUCUGAUAUGUUGAAGCACAGCUUUUGGAUCAUCUGCCAUGUAAAUAAAUUAAUGGUUGCAGUCCC